AUGAGUAGUAAUCUGAGUUAAAAUCAAACUAUUUAAUUAGAUGAUUAAAGUUCAUAACAUUUUCAAGGCGAUAUUACAGUAGAUCCAGAAGUUAAAAACAUUCUUUAAUCUCAAAUUAUUAAUAAUACAUUAAUUUAUGAGGAGAGUUAACUAAUACAUGUCCGCUUGAUUGCAAAAGUAGAAACUUUUUUAGGGAUUGAAAAUAUAAUCCAAGUAGAAGGUUUUCAAGCUAGUUAUACAUGUAAAGAUUGCGGUAUUACGAACUUUGAUGAAAAAUCAAAAAGUAUAAUAUGUAAUUGUAGCUAAAAAAAAUUAUAUAUGAAGGAUAAGUUUGUACCAAUUAUCAAUGAAAAAUCUAAGAAAUCUGAUAAGCAAAAUUCUAAUGAUAUAAGCCUCUUAUUUUAAUUUUCAGCUGUUAUACAUGGUGAAAUUAAGUUUAACUAUUUAAAAUUCUUAAUAAAAUGUAAAAAAUGUGCUGAGACUUCAUAUCAGAUUUUAGAUUUAAGUAUUCUUAAUCAAUCUAAGUUAAAUAAAUAGUAAAUAAAUUAGCUUUAAUUCAACUUUUAAGCAAUGUGUAAUAAGUGUUGCUCAAUCUAAUAUUUUAGUAUAACUAACCUAGAGGUAAAAUAUGACAUAUUAUAAUUUUGA